CCGAAACCACGCUUUCCGAGAAGUGUCGGAGUCAUUAAUAAGUAUCCCGGGAGCAUCGCACCCGGUCCUUGCUGUCGUUUUAUUUUCUGGCCUCCGAAUUUCGCUCGCCUCUGUCUGUCCGCAGUGAAGGAAGGGAGGAAGGAAUACUCUCCAAUGGCGCAGUUGCUUCGGGCCGGGCUUUCGGGUCGCAUAUCGGGUUCUGGUGCAGGCGGAGCUGUGAGAUCCAUGUCCACGGCGUGGUGGAGCGCUGUGCAGCCGGCUGCCAAGGAUCCGAUUCUCGGCGUUACCGAAGCUUUCCUUGCCGAUCCUAGUCCGGAGAAAGUUAACGUCGGCGUUGGCGCUUAUCGUGACGAUAAUGGAAAGCCGGUGGUGCUUGAGUGCGUCAGAGAAGCGGAAAGGAGGAUCGCCGGAAGUCUUAAUAUGGAAUAUCUUCCAAUGGGCGGAAGCGUAAAGAUGGUUGAGGAGACAUUGAAGCUGGCUUAUGGGGAGAAUUCCGGCUUGAUCAAAGACAAACGUAUUGCUGCAGUGCAAGCUCUUUCGGGGACUGGUGCAUGCAGGCUCUUUGCGGAUUUCCAGAAGCGUUUCUCCCCUGAUUCGCAAAUAUACAUUCCUGUGCCGACUUGGGCUAAUCAUCACAACAUCUGGAGGGAUGCCCAAGUUCCUCAGAGAACAUACCACUAUUAUCAUCCAGAAUCGAGGGGUUUGGACUUUGCUUCGAUGAUGGAUGACAUAAAGAAUGCUCCCAAUGGAUCAUUUUUCCUGCUUCAUGCCUGUGCACAUAAUCCAACUGGAGUGGAUCCAACAGAAGAACAGUGGAAGGAGAUAUCAUACCAAAUGAAGGUUAAAGGACAUUUUGCCUUUUUCGAUAUGGCAUAUCAAGGUUUUGCAAGUGGUGAUCCAGAAAGAGAUGCAAAGGCUAUUCGAAUUUUCCUCGAAGAUGGCCAUCAAAUAGGCUGUGCCCAAUCAUAUGCAAAGAACAUGGGACUUUACGGUCAGAGAGUUGGUUGCCUCAGUGUUGUCUGCGAUGACGAGAAACAAGCCGUGGCAGUGAAGAGCCAGUUACAGCAACUUGCAAGGCCCAUGUACAGUAACCCACCUGUUCAUGGCGCCCACAUCGUUUCCACCAUUCUCGGAGAUCCCAGCCUGAAAAGCCUGUGGCUCAAGGAAGUAAAAGGAAUGGCGGAUCGAAUAAUUGGAAUGAGAACUGCCCUAAAAGAAAAUCUCGAGAAGUUGGGUUCACCUCUCUCAUGGGAGCACAUAACCAAGCAGAUUGGCAUGUUUUGCUACAGUGGAAUGACACCCGAGCAAGUAGAUCGCCUAACAAAGGAGUUCCAUAUUUACAUGACUCGCAACGGCCGUAUUAGUAUGGCUGGAGUGACGACGGGCAACGUCGGGUACUUGGCUAAGGCUAUACACGAGGUCACAAAAUGAGGUUAGAGGUGUGUGAAUUGUUAUGAAAUUAUGAUGAUGAUGAUGAUUCUUCAUUUUUGAUACAUAACAUAACAUGAGGAGACUGAAUAAAAUGGAAUCAGGAGAUGAUAGCUUCCUCUUGAUUUCAGAAAUGUUAUUUAUCAUUUUUGGUGGACUAAUAAUAAUAAUAAUUUAUGAAUGAACUAACCAUUGGAAUUGCUUAUUACAA